AAGAAGCUUACCUCCUUGCCUCCAUCCAGCUCCAUGUCAGAAAUGGAACCCAACGACAUUCUGUCCAGCAACAACAGCGGCAGGAACUGCACAAUUCAAAACUUCAAGAGGGACUUUUACCCUGUCGUGUACCUGAUAAUAUUCGUCUGGGGCAUCCUAGGGAACGGUUUCUCCGUAUAUGUUUUCCUGCAGUCUUAUAAGAAGUCCACAUCUGUGAAUGUUUUCAUGCUAAACUUGGCCAUUUCAGAUCUCCUGUUCAUAAGCACGCUACCCUUUAGGGCUGACUAUUAUCUGAGAGGCUCCAACUGGAUAUUUGGGGACCUGACCUGCAGGAUUAUGUCUUAUUCCUUGUACGUCAACAUGUACAGCAGCAUCUAUUUCCUGACUGUCCUGAGCGUUGUGCGUUUCCUGGCAACUGUCCACCCCUUCCGGCUGCUCCAUGUCACCAGCAGGAAGAGCGCCUGGAUUCUAUGUGGGCUCAUAUGGAUCCUUAUGAUGGCUUCGUCAGUCAUACUCCUGAACACUGGCUCUGAGCAGAAGGGCAAUGCCCUCCUAUGCUUAGAUCUCAAUAUCAAGAAAAUUGUUAAACUGCAAACCAUGAAUUACUUCGCCUUAGUAUUGGGCUUCCUGCUGCCGUUCUGCACGCUGAGCGUCUGCUACCUGCUGAUCAUCCGAGCUCUGUUAAAGGUGGAAGUUCCAGAAUCGGGGCUGCGGGUUUCUCGCAAGAAGGUUCUCACCACCAUCAUCAUCGCCCUGAUCAUCUUCCUCCUGUGUUUCCUGCCCUAUCACAUAUUGCGAACACUCCACCUGCUGGCGUGGAAAGAGGAUGCAUGCCCAGACAGACUACAUAAAGCUGUGGUUAUCUCUCUGGCCUUGGCAGCAGCUAACAGCUGCUUCAAUCCCUUUCUCUAUUAUUUUGCUGGGGAAAAUUUUAAGGACAAACUAAGGUCUGCACUGAGAAAACUUUAUCCACAGAAGAAGAAUUACAGAUUUUCUGUCAGUGCAUGGUUGAAUAAGGAAACACCAGUAUAA